CCGCUCACUCCCUUUCUGCACCAAAUCGCUCCGCACUCUGUAUAUCUACCGCCGCUCACCCGGCCAAACGAUUCAAAACCCCAUUCAGCACUCUAAAUCUGCAUCGCGUCUCAGAAGCCCUAACCCUAGUCCCCAACCCUUGCUCCAAUGGCGAAGCCGGUGAAGUACGACGACGAAGAGGAUGCCUCUUCCUCCGGCGAGGAGCAAGAGGACCAGGUCGACGGCGGCGGCUCCGAAUCUGACGAGGAGGGGGAAGAGGAGGACGAGGCCCCGGCCCGCGAGGCGGACGGGGAUGGGGAGGAAGAGGUGGAUGCGGAUGAGAUCGAGGCCGUCACGACGGGCGCGGGCGCUGACGAAGAGGAUGAUGGCGGUGCUGUUGCAGGCGGAGAAGACGAGGAGUCCCAGUCAACCGAGGACGACGAAGCCGCUGUGGGGGACGACGACGAUGAGGCUGAAGACCCUGCUGGAAAUCCAGUGGUAGGGAAGCAUGAGCGAGCCAGACUCAAAGAACUCCAGAAAUUAAAGAAGCAGAAAAUCCAAGAGAUAUUAGAUUCUCAGAAUGCUGCCAUUGAUGCUGACAUGAACACGAAAGGGAAAGGGCGAUUGAAGUACCUAUUGCAGCAGACAGAAAUAUUUGCCCACUUCGCAAAAGGAAGCCAAUCUAAAGAGAAGAAGUCACGUGGAAGGGGUCGUCAUGAGUCAAAGAUGACAGAAGAGGAGGAAGAUGAAGAGUACCUCAAAGAGGAGGAAGAUGCACUUGCUGGUUCAGGCGGAACACGUUUGCUUACACAGCCAUCAUGCAUAAAUGGAAAAAUGCGAGAUUACCAACUAGCUGGGCUUAAUUGGCUCAUACGGCUAUAUGAGAAUGGUAUUAAUGGGAUAUUGGCAGAUGAGAUGGGUCUAGGGAAAACUCUUCAAACCAUUUCACUGAUGGGUUACCUGCACGAAUUUAGAGGAAUAACCGGUCCUCACAUGGUUGUUGCACCAAAGUCCACUCUUGGUAACUGGAUGAAGGAAAUUGCUCGUUUUUGUCCCAUUUUACGUGCUGUAAAAUUCUUGGGAAAUCCAGAAGAGAGGAAUCAUAUAAGGGAGAAAUUACUACAGCCAGGAAAAUUUGAUGUGUGUGUAACCAGUUUUGAAAUGGCAAUCAAAGAGAAAACUGCAUUGAGGCGUUUUAGCUGGCGCUACAUUAUUAUUGAUGAAGCUCAUCGGAUAAAAAAUGAGAACUCUCUUCUGUCAAAGACCAUGAGGCUUUUUAGCACUAACUACCGUCUACUCAUCACAGGCACUCCACUCCAGAAUAAUCUUCAUGAGCUUUGGUCUCUACUCAACUUCUUGCUGCCUGAGAUAUUUAGUUCUGCAGAUACCUUUGAUGAGUGGUUUCAAAUUUCUGGUGAAAAUGAUCAACAGGAGGUUGUUCAGCAGCUUCAUAAGGUUCUUCGACCAUUUCUUCUUCGGAGGCUUAAAUCUGAUGUCGAAAAGGGUUUACCUCCAAAAAAAGAAACUAUCCUUAAAGUAGGGAUGUCUCAGAUGCAAAAACAGUACUAUCGAGCUCUGCUUCAGAAAGAUUUGGAGGUUAUUAAUGCUGGUGGUGAACGUAAAAGGUUGCUUAACAUAGCUAUGCAGUUACGCAAGUGCUGCAACCAUCCAUAUUUAUUUCAAGGGGCAGAACCAGGCCCACCUUACACAACUGGUGACCAUCUUGUUGAGAAUGCUGGGAAAAUGGUUCUGUUAGAUAAAUUGCUGCCCAAAUUGAAGGACCGUGACUCCAGAGUGCUUAUUUUCUCACAGAUGACCAGGCUUUUGGAUAUCCUGGAAGAUUAUCUUAUGUACAGAGGGUAUCAAUAUUGUCGAAUAGAUGGAAAUACAGGUGGAGAAGAUCGUGAUGCAUCUAUUGAUGCAUUUAACAAGCCAGGAAGUGAGAAGUUCGUUUUCUUGCUAUCAACCAGGGCUGGUGGGCUUGGUAUCAACCUUGCCACCGCUGAUGUUGUGGUUCUUUAUGACAGUGAUUGGAAUCCACAAGCUGAUCUUCAGGCUCAAGACCGUGCACAUAGGAUAGGCCAAAAGAAAGAAGUUCAAGUUUUCCGAUUUUGCACAGAGUACACCAUAGAGGAAAAGGUGAUUGAGAGAGCUUACAAGAAGCUUGCAUUGGAUGCUUUGGUCAUUCAACAAGGACGAUUGUCAGAACAGAAAACUGUCAAUAAGGAUGAUUUGUUGCAGAUGGUGAGAUUUGGUGCUGAAAUGGUGUUCAGUUCCAAGGAUAGCACAAUAACAGAUGAGGAUAUUGACAGAAUUAUAGCUAAAGGAGAAGAGACAACAGCAGAACUUGAUGCGAAAAUGAAAAAAUUCACUGAGGAUGCCAUUAAGUUCAAAAUGGAUGAUACUGCUGAAUUAUAUGAUUUUGAUGAUGAUAAGGAGGAGAGCAAGGCUGAUUUUAAGAAAAUUGUUGGUGACAAUUGGAUCGAGCCACCUAGGAGAGAGAGGAAGAGGAAUUACUCAGAGUCUGAGUACUUUAAGCAAGCACUUCGUCAAGGAGCACCAGCAAAACCUAGGGAACCACGGAUUCCAAGAAUGCCCCAUUUGCAUGAUUUCCAGUUCUUUAACAAUCAAAGGUUAAAUGAGUUGUAUGAAAAGGAAGUCCGGUACCUCAUGCAAGCCAACCAGAAGAAAGAUUCCAUUGAUGGUGAAGAUGAAGAUCAGUUGGAGCCUUUGACUGCGGAGGAGCAGGAGGAGAAGGAUCAGUUAUUGGAAGAGGGUUUUGCUACAUGGACGAGGAGAGACUUCAACACGUUUAUUCGCGCAUGUGAGAAAUAUGGUCGCAAUGACAUCAAGAGUAUAUCCUCUGAGAUGGAAGGAAAGACAGAAGAAGAGGUUCAGCGAUAUGCUAAAGUUUUCAUGGAGAGAUACAAGGAACUGAGUGAUUAUGAUAGAAUUAUUAAAAACAUUGAAAGGGGUGAGGGAAGGAUAAGCCGCAAGGAUGAGAUUAUGAGGGCCAUUGGAAAGAAGUUGGACCGCUAUAAGAACCCAUGGUUAGAGUUGAAAAUCCAGUAUGGCCAAAAUAAAGGGAAGUUCUAUAAUGAGGAAUGUGACCGUUUUAUGCUAUGCAUGGUGCACAAACUUGGUUAUGGAAACUGGGAUGAUCUUAAAGCUGCCUUUCGCAUGUCACCCUUGUUCCGAUUUGAUUGGUUUGUGAAGUCCAGAACUACGCAAGAGUUGUCUAGGCGAUGUGACACCCUUAUCCGUCUAGUUGAGAAAGAGAAUCAGGAAUAUGAUGAGCAGGAAAGGCAGGCACGGAAGGACAAAAGGCUUGCUAAGAACAUGACGCCGACGAAGCGACCUGCAUUAAGGGUUUCAGACGGUGAGACAACUCCAGUGAAUUCAUCCAAGAGGCGACGUCAGUCCCUUAUGGAUGAUUAUGUGGGCUCGGGAAGGCGCAAGCGUGGGUGAUCUGAUGCUGUCUUCUGAAGAUUUAGAGCGGUCUUAAAAAAUGUUUGACUCUGCUUCUAGUGUGCCGAGCUUCCUGGAGUGAUAUGUUCAAUGAAUUGUAGGUUAAGAUAAUGCUUAUCGAAGUUGUGUGUAAUGUGAUCUGCUGUCAUUUGGUCACCUGUGCUUCACAUAGAUUAGUUUGAAUGUUGCCCUGUCCUUUUGGUACAAAGUAUUUGUGCUAACUGUUAGGAAAUAAUACAUGUGAUCAAUUGUGUAUGGGAGGGAUGCCUCCCAGGAGGUGUCUGUUGGGGAAGAGGUGUCUCCCCAACACACCCCUUCAGUCUGUAUAUAAGUGGAUCUCCCACAUUGCAAUGAAACAAGAGAAUCAUUUGCUCCA